AUGGCAGAAGGUGAAGUGGGCUUUGGCGGUCAGGUGGUCCCGGCAGAGGUCUUGGCCCAGCAGCUGGCCACGAUCCGCCGCAGGCAAUGCCUGGUGGUGUAUGUGGUGGAUGUACUGGACUUCAAUGGGUCCUUCAUUCGCAGGAUUCGAGAAGUGGUCGGCCGCAAUCCCGUGAUCAUUGUUGGAACCAAGAUUGACUUGCUUCCACCGAAGACGAAUAUGGAACUGGUCAAUCGCUGGCUGCUGCACCUGUUGCGCAAGAAGAAGUUGCGUGUCCUUGAGGUGCAAUUGGUCAGCAACGAGACCGGGAAGGGCAUCAACUAUGCCGUGAAUGCUAUUAUCCAGCACAGAUCUGGCAUGGAUGUUUUCGUGGUGGGCGCGGCCAAUGCCGGGAAGUCCGCCUUCAUCCGGCGACUUUUGGACCGGUUGGAGGUGAAGUUCCCUCAGGGACAGGUGGAGAAGUGCGAGCGGCCCUUGGUCUCAAAGACACCCGGGACGACCUUGGGCCUCAUCCAGCUGAGGGCCUUUCGCCGCUCCGCCAACAGUCCAGUCUUCGCCUCGCUCUUUGACACUCCAGGUGUUCACCAGCCCAACAGCAUGCAAAACCUGCUGGACAUCAAGGACUACAACUAUGUGCAGCCCACCAGGCACUUCGCGGUGCAUACGGUGACGCCUGCCAAGGAUGUGCUGGCCGAGCUUGAGGCAGGUCGUUUGACCGGCGGUUUGGUCCAUCUAAGGCGUUGGUUGGGCCGCUCCGUACGGUAUUUGUGGGGCUUCCCCAACCAAAAGCCGGUCGUGGCUGUGGAGGUCUUUCCUCCAAUUAGUGCUAUGCUGAAGCUGUCCUUUGUGGGCGUUCAUAACUUAGCGAUCACCUGCGAGGCCAACGUGCCAGGCGCCGGCGAAGGCGGCCGCGGCUAUCCGGCGCCACCGGAGGAGAUGGAGUUGUCGCAGAUCUGUGGGGGCUAUGUGAAGACCCCCGAUGCUUUGAGCUUGGAUGGGAACGUGGCCUGCGACCUUUCUUUGACAGGCUUCGGUUGGGUGGCGGUCUCCUUCUGCGCGCUGACUCCGUCAGCUGAAGGUCGACCGAUGGAGCGUUCCAAAGUGACGCUCCGCCGCUGGGAUCUUUUGACGUACGGAGACGCCGUGCGGAGACGCCGUGGGAGAUCGAUCGGAGAUUUGUUGCUUCAGGGAGAUCGAUCGUGA